UGAGCGGUGGCUCUCGAACGCCGGUCCCUCGGCCCUCUGUGUGACCCUACGUGUGAGACAGUGGCUAGUACCGUACGGUGUGAGACAGUCACCAGCCGUGCCAGUCCACGUCGGAUCUGUGUGACUGUGGGUGCAAGUGAGUCAAUGAUGCCGAAGAGUGUGAGACUGUGAGUGGGCGCGUGAGUGGGCGGGUACCUGCCCCCUUUUACCGGCACCUGCGGCCUCUUUGUGACUGGGAUGUGAGUGAGGGUGUGGGUUGUGAUACGCUAGUGUUUGAAUCUUAGGGGCAUGGGAAAGAGCGUCCGUGUGAGACAGUCUUUACCCAUGGCAUCUAACUGUAAUGUGUGUAAGACGGUUGUUGGCACUGUAGUUUUUAAGACACUGGGUAUGUGUGGGGACUGAGUGAGAUUGUGUGCCACCCAGUUUUUAAAGCUAGCCAAGUGCUGUCAUUGUGCCACCAAGAUUCAGAGUCACUGAUCUAUUGAAGAGGAGGACUGUGGAGUCAGGCAGACCUUUAUUUGAUCUUGGUCCUCUUAUUUAUUAGUUGUCUCCAUUAUGCUUUCUCUAUCGGAGGGAAGAUUGCAACAUGGGGAAAGAGAAGCCUAAAAAGUUUAGACUGGUGAUUCUGGAUGCUGCAAGGAGAGCCUAGUUUCUCAUGUUCUCUUCCCUAUCUCAGUCAUCUGAGGACACUGCCAUUUCCCAAGAGAAGAGCCAGGAGGAAGAAAGAAUGGCUUUUAGACUUCUUAAAGCUAUGUACCAGGAGUUGGUGAGCUUUAGAGAUGUGGCUGUAGACUUCUCCCAAGAGGAGUGGGAUUGUCUGGAUUCUUCUCAAAAGCAUCUGUAUAGUAAUGUGAUGUUGGAGAACUAUAAGAUCUUGGUCUCACUGGGACUUUGCUUUUCCAAGCCAAGUGUGAUACUGUUGUUGGAACAAGGAAAAGAGCCCUGGAUGGUCAAGAGAGAGCUGACAAAAAGCUUGUUCUCAGACUGGGAACCUAUAUGUGAGACUGAAGAAUUAACCCCAAAGCAGGACCUUUUUGAAGAACAACAAUCCCAGAAGAUAAUAGAAAAACUUACAAGCUAUGGCCUUGAGUACUCCAGUUUGAGAGAAGAGUGGAAAUGUGAGGGCCAUUUUGAGAAGCAACCAGGGAAUCAGAAGGCAUGUUUCAAGGAAGAGAUAAUCAUUCAUGAAGAAGCCCUUGUUGAAAGAGAACAAGAAUAUAACAAAUCUUGGGGAAGUUUUCAUCAUCAGAACACACUGCUUCAUACACAACAGAUCAUCCCCCAAGAGGAGAAAGUAUAUAAACAUGACACUCAUAAGAAAAUCUUUAAAAAGAAUUUAAUGGCCAUUAAGCCCAAGAGUGUCUGUGCAGAGAAGAAACUUUUGAAAUGUUAUGCCUGUGAAAAAGUCUUCAGCCAGAGUUCAUCCCUUACUCUUCAUCAAAGAAUUCAUACUGGAGAAAAACCCUAUAAAUGUGUGGAAUGUGGAAAAGCUUUCAGCCAGAGAUCAAAUCUUGUUCAACAUCAACGGAUUCAUACUGGAGAGAAACCCUAUGAAUGUAAGGAAUGUAGGAAAGCCUUCAGUCAGAAUGCACAUCUAGUUCAACAUCUGAGAGUUCAUACUGGAGAAAAACCUUAUGAAUGUAAGGUAUGUAGGAAAGCCUUCAGCCAGUUUGCCUACCUUGCUCAACAUCAGAGAGUGCAUACUGGAGAGAAACCCUAUGAAUGUAUUGAAUGUGGGAAAGCAUUUAGCAAUAGAUCAUCCAUUGCUCAACACCAGAGAGUUCAUACUGGAGAAAAACCUUAUGAAUGUAAUGUCUGUGGGAAAGCAUUUAGCCUUCGUGCAUACCUUACUGUACAUCAGAGAAUACAUACUGGGGAGAGACCCUAUGAGUGUAAGGAAUGUGGGAAGGCCUUCAGCCAGAAUUCACACCUUGCUCAACAUCAGAGAAUUCAUACUGGAGAAAAACCAUAUAAAUGUCAGGAAUGUAGGAAAGCAUUCAGCCAGAUUGCUUACCUUGCUCAACAUCAAAGAGUUCAUACUGGAGAGAAACCCUAUGAAUGUAUUAAAUGUGGGAAGGCUUUUAGCAAUGACUCAUCCCUUACUCAACAUCAGAGAGUUCAUACCGGAGAAAAACCUUAUGAAUGUAAUGUUUGUGGAAAGGCUUUUAGUUACUGUGGAUCCCUGGCCCAACAUCAGAGAAUACAUACUGGAGAGAGACCCUAUGAAUGCAAGGAAUGCAAGAAAACCUUCAGGCAACAUGCACACCUUGCUCAUCAUCAGAGAAUUCACAUUGGGGAGUCACUGUCACCACCCAAUCCAGUCAAUCACCAUGUCCUGUAGAUCCUAUCUCCUAAAUAUUUCUGGAAUUUAUACUCUUCUCUAUUUUUAAUGUUGUCACCCUAGUCUAUGAAUCUUCUAAACUAGAUCACUGAUAAAGCUUUCUAACAGG